AUGGCUCAUAGACUUGUUGGUCGUAGAAAGAACGUGAAGAAGGGUUUCCAAUUCACUGUUAUGGUUGUUGGUGCCUCUGGUACCGGCCGUACUACUUUUGUCAACACCCUCUGCAACUCCAAUGUCCUUGAAAAGAAUGCUUGCGAUAACCCUGAAGAAGCACAUAACGAAGCUGGCAUUACCAUCAAACCAGUAUCAGUUGAAUUGGAUGAGGAUGGUGUCAGAAUUUCAUUGACGAUUGUGGAUACACCUGGUUUCGGUGAUAAUAUCGACAAUGAGCAAUGUUUCCAAGAAAUUGUGGGUUAUUUGGAACGACAAUACGACGAUAUCCUUGCAGAAGAAUCCCGUAUCAAGCGUAAUCCUCGAUUCCGUGAUAACCGUGUUCAUGCCUUGCUCUACUUUAUUACACCUACUGGUCAUGCCCUUCGUGAAAUCGAUAUUGAAUUGAUGCGUCGCCUGAGCCCACGUGUUAACGUUAUCCCUGUUGUGGGUCGUGCUGAUUCGCUCACGCCUCAGGAACUACAAGAUUUCAAGAAGCGGAUUAUGGAAGAUAUUGAGCAUUACAACAUUCCCAUUUACAACUUCCCAUACGAUGUUGAAGAGGAUGACGAAGACACCAUUGAAGAAAACAGCGAACUUCGGGCACUGUUACCAUUCUCCAUCAUUGGUAGCGACGAGGAAAUUGUUGUGAAUGGCCGUACGGUGCGUGGUCGACAGUAUCCAUGGGGUGCUGUUGAAGUUGACAAUCCUCAGCACUCUGAUUUUGCUCGUCUUCGUUCGGCUUUGUUGAGUUCCCAUUUGCAAGAUCUCAAGGAAAUCACCCACGACUUUUUGUAUGAGAACUAUCGUACCGAGAAGCUUAGCCGUACGGUGAAUGGUGGUGAAGCGGAGGAUGCUUCAUUGAAUGCUGAGGAUAUGGCAAGUCAAAGCGUUCGAUUGAAGGAAGAGCAAUUGAGAAAGGAAGAAGAAAAGCUUCGUGAGAUCGAACAAAAGGUCCAACGUGAGAUCCAAGAAAAGAGAGCUGAGCUCUUGAGCAAGGAAGAAGCUUUGCGUAACCUGGAAGCUAGAUUGGCCCAAGCCCAGAUCGCUGAUGAGUAA